CUGUUUUUUGACUCACAAAAUCACAUAACCAAAGUUAAGUUAAGUUAUGGCAUACAUGUUCUUCCUAUGCAUUCUUACAACUCACCUUCUCUUGGCACCGGAGGUGGUGGUGGGAGCGGAGGCGAAGGUUUCGGCGAUCAUCGUCUUCGGGGACUCGUCAGUGGAUGCUGGGAACAACAACUUCAUCCCGACGAUAGCCCGAAGCAACUUCCAGCCGUACGGGCGCGACUUCACCGGCGGGAAGGCGACGGGGAGAUUCUCCAAUGGGAGAAUUCCUACAGACUUCAUUUCUGAGGCAUUUGGGCUGAAGCCAAUUGUGCCUGCUUAUUUGGACCCUUCUUAUAACAUCUCAGAUUUGGCGACAGGGGUCACUUUUGCUUCUGCUGGAACUGGCUAUGAUAAUGCCACUUCAGAUGUUCUGUCUGUGAUACCAUUAUGGAAACAACUUGAAAAUUACAAAGAGUAUCAAACGAAGCUCAGGGAAUAUCAAGGCCCGACUAAAGCAAACGAGACUAUAACAGAAGCUCUAUAUGUGAUGAGUUUAGGAACCAACGACUUUUUGGAGAAUUACUACACAAUGCCAGGUCGUUCCUCACAGUACAACCUCCAACAAUACGAGGACUUUCUCACCGGGAUUGCGGGCGGGUUUAUCGAGAAGCUCCACAGCCUCGGCGCUCGGAAAAUCUCCCUCGGCGGGUUGCCGCCUAUGGGGUGCUUGCCGUUGGAAAGAGCAACAAAUGUUUUUAGAGGCGAUAACUGUGUGGAGAGCUACAACAUUUUGGCUGUUGAAUUCAAUAACAAACUUAAGGCCUUGACGGAGAAACUCAACGGGGAGCUUCCUGGGAUCAAGUUGGUGUUUUCGAAUCCGUAUUACAUUCUUAUGCACAUGAUCAGAAAGCCUUCAGUCUACGGGUUUGAGGUGACGUCCACGGCGUGUUGCGCAACAGGGAUGUUUGAGAUGGGUUAUGCCUGCAAUCGGGAUAGCUUGUUCACUUGCUCUGACGCAAACAAGUACAUCUUUUGGGACUCAUUUCAUCCGACUCAAAAGACGAACCAAAUCGUCUCUAGUUAUGUGGUCAAGAAUGCACUCGCGUCGUUUCUUUGAUUCAUCCAUUUAUCAAAGUCUUAAGCAUCGACCUCUUUUUGGAUAAAGUUUCGGAGGUUUUGGAAACUUAUUAGAAAAAUAAAAGAUGAUUUGAAACUUAUUCAAAUGAUGGUUGUAGAAAGGUAAAUAAAAGAAGUCAUUUUAAGAGACAUAUUUGAUCAUAAUUAACUAAGACUUUGAUCAAAUGUGUAUUUUAAAGAUAUGAUUUUUAUAUCUUUCUAACAUAAUAAUUCUAUCAUUGAAUAAGUUUCAAAAGACUUAUAUUGUUCUAAUAAAUUUCGAAAGCUACCAAUAUUUACCAAAAAUCACCUCUCUAGAAUAGUAACUUAUCAAAUAGUAUAAGUUUGUACUAUAUAUAUUAUAAUAAGUUAAUAUUUUAUAUAUAUAUAUAUAAGCUGUUUAGCUAAAAGCUAGCCCAAGAGCUUGAUUGGAUUUGUUUAUCAAUCCUUCACCCAUUGGGCUCAAGAAUUUUGAUUAGUAAUAAAUUCCAAGCCUUGAUAUUUAUGA